CCCCAGACCACCGAACCAUCACCAGCCUCUUCCUCCACGUCGCAUCCUACACUCAUUCUCACCAUGGCCGACGACGCGCAGCAUGAGCACACCUUCGAGAGCGCCGAUGCCGGUGCCUCGCAGACGUACCCCAUGCAGUGCUCUGCUCUGAGGAAGAACGGCUUCGUUGUCAUCAAGAACCGUCCCUGCAAGAUUGUCGAAAUGACCACCUCGAAGACCGGCAAGCACGGACACGCUAAGGUCCAUUUGGUUGCCAUCGACAUCUUCACCUCCAAGAAGCUCGAAGAGUUGUGCCCUUCCACCCACAACAUGAACGUCCCCAACGUUCGUCGCCAGGAGUACCUCCUCGUCGACAUCCAGGAUGACGGUUUCCUCUCCCUCAUGUCCGACGAUGGCACCACCAAGGACGACGUCAAGCUUCCCGACGGCGAGAUUGGCGACAAGAUCCAGAAGCUCUUCGAUGACUCCGAGAAGGAGACCAACGUCAUUGUCCUUACUGCUAUGGGCGAGGAGUGCGCCAUCGACGCCAAGGAGGCCCCCAAAUAAAUUUGCUUCGUCGAACGGAAAGGCUGUCAGCAGGAAGCAAGCCGCGGCGUGCUGACGAGCUCCAGUCAGGGAACGGGUCGCCAGAGGCUUCGCAUAUUUCUAUGCCAAGUCGCAUCUUUUGCGUCAACUUCAGCAUUCCUUAGUGCUGCGCUGAUGGCGACCAAGAGUUUUGGUUCUUCGGACGGGUUUUGGGUUAUUGCAUUGCCAUGUGUGGGAAACGUUAACGAAUCUGUUUCCCUUUCCUAGAUAUAUCCCUUACGGCAAUGAAAUAAAAGGUGAUGAUGUU